AUGGGUGGAAAGGAUGCGGCAGAUGUGGCAGCCUGGGCUCACAAGGUGAACAAGAAGUACCCUUGGACCACUGAGCUGCACUUCCAAAGGCAGCCUAGUACCAGGUGUGACAAGGCGCAAAUUGAAAACUGCAACGACAACAAGUGCUUGAUGAAAGCCAUCCUUUAUUUCUACGGCCGGCUCACAGGCAAAAACCUGGUUGACAUUACUUGGCCAGACGGAAUCAAACUGACCGAUGCUGACUGCCUGAAGUACUUGAUCAACCUUUUAGGGGACAUGGCCCAACCAUUGCACUUCGGCACGGCGGACACAGAUAUGGGCCGCAACAUUACGGUCUUGUUUAGGGACAAAAAGACCACCCUCUAUGAUGUCUGGGACAAAGAGCUCACCCAGAGCGUCAUCAAGAACGAGCCACACUUUUGGUGGGGCGGCUGGACUCACGUGCAGCGCACAAGGGUCGAGUACGAGCAGGACAGCGAACAGUUUAAGAAGGAGCACGAGCUUCUCUUGAAUCGUUGGGCAGACGAGUCGGCAAAGUUCAUGUGUAGCUCUGUCUACAAGAAUCCAAUCACCGGAAAGCAGAUCACGGAAGAGCUGGACCAGAACGGUGUUUUCAAGCUCAGUGAACAGCUCUACGAUGUGUGGAAGCGGGAAAUGUUCUCGAAAAUGCUGGUAGCGGGUGCACGUAUUGCCAUUGUGCUGAAUUCCAUCCUCCACCACCGCGAGGGCCAGCUGCAUGCUGGCACGGCCGUCAGCCACCUGGAAGGUGAGGAAGAGGAGGAGGAAAGCAGCAAGGUUUUCACAGGGCGACGAGCCGAUAUUCCGCACAAGCAGCACAUCAGAGGCUUGCCAGCUUUCCUACUGAAUCUCUUCAUUGGUUCCAUUGCGCUCUUCUGCUUCUUGGUGCUGAUGAGGUUGUGGGCUGGUCCCGAUCGCAUCAAGCAAGCUGAGCGAGAGAAGCGAUCCUCAACAGGGCCUUUCAAAUGGCUGCGUGGCCAGCGCUUUGGCCCCGUCAUUGCAGCUGUAGCAGCCAGAUACUCCAAUGCAGCCCUCACCUUGAUGCAGGCGCUGGGUGCAAGCUGCUGCUUGGGCCAAAUGCCCUCCAUGCCUUGCCAACCCAUGCAGUGCUUCGCUCCUGAGAUGAGAGGAACUCUCGACGUAGGUUCCACAGAGCUGCAGCGCUCAGCACGCGGAGCCAUCAAAGCCCUUUGCAGACGUGGUGCUCCCGCGACAUUGGUAGCGUUGGUGGCGUCCAUUGAUAGCCAGGCGACCUUUUACCCUUCCGUGACCACGGAAUGCAUCCAUUUGAGGGCAUCUUUGGCCACUGGGGAGGUCUGCGGUGAUUUUUGGGACACGGGCCUUCAAUGUGUGCACAGCCUCUUUCAGGUCGGUGCUCUGCAAGGUUCUGCACUGAGGGACAUGAACCUCUGGCAGCGCAGCUCGGGAAGGUCCGACUGGACGUUUCUCUUUGCUGGUGCUGGGCGGAUUUCAAUUCUUUCAGGACUUCUAGAGUCAGUUCGCCAGCCUCACGGCGAUCUGUGGAUGGCUGAGGUGGGAGUCUUCAUGGCCAACACCUCCACAAAGUUGCUGGCGCUCUUUGAGAAUUUAAGGAUGCUGCUAGUUGACCCGUACCAUCUCCACACUGAAGACCACAGAAGCCAAGCCCAGGAAUUGGAGGAGUUCUAUGUCUCGCCGCAAUCCGUCUUCGCAGCUGCUAUGGAGGCAACUCAGCCUGUGCGGAAUCGAGCCACGGCAGUGCUUCAAACAAGCCGUGCAGCCGCAGCUUGGGUGAGGUCUGACUUUUUGGACAUGGUCUUUUUGGAUGGAGACCACCGCUACGAGACUGUGACAGACGAUAUCAAGGUUUGGUGGCCGAAGCUCCGCAGUGGCGGCGUUUUAGCAGGUCAUGAUUUCGCAGUGAACUUUCCUGGUGUGGUCCAGGCUGCCAUGGACUUUGCACUUUCCAAGAACGUGAGGCUUUUCAUGGCACCGGAGAUCUGGUGGGUCUACAAAGACAGCAGUUCACAAAUCCCAGGCGCCCUGCUUGGAGAGGCAGAGCAGAUUGGGAGCUGCUACCUUUAG